AUGGACGCAAAGGUCAAGAAAAGAAUCAGAAAGCCCCGCGGCCGGGGCCUGCGAAGCGUCUCUGGAUGUCUGACGUGCCGCACCAGACACAAGAAAUGCGACGAACACAAACCUCGAUGCGGACCAUGUACGAACUCGGACCGCGACUGCAUCUACCCCGGCGAUACUCGGCAGACUGCAUCCGAUAGACCUGACGCGUCCAGUGUCGCCUCCAACUCUUCCCAGAUACAGAACAUCCUGUGUUCUCCCCGUUCAGCUCCGCCUGGCCAUGGUCCAGUCGCGCCGACACUAGACUAUGAUGCCACCAGUGGUCCGAGUCCGGAAACACACAAUAUCCUGGACCCCGAGCUGGUUGCCUUGUAUCCAGAAACUCGACCGCAGCCCGAAGUCUACAGCUCCUUGCCUUCCGAGUCGGUCUCGGUGACCCCUGACGUCAAUUCCGACCAUGCCACCGCGAGAUGGCUGAACCUGCUUGCGACCGAUGCCGCACAAGAAGGAAAUGGCUUUAGCCUGCCUAGCUCGCCUCGAUCGCGGCUUUCGCGUGGGUCGGUAAGCCACUUUCAAGAUCGUGGCAGCUCCGCGCACCUCUAUUCCGCGCAGCUCUCGGAAAGACAUGCAUGGCAGGCCGACUCGGAUAUUGCUUUAUCCAAACACGAGGCGGCUCUUUUCAGAAGGUUUGCCGAGCACAUUGCCCUAUCGCUGGACCUCUUUGACUGCCACAAACACUUCUCCAACCAUGCCACUCGCCUUGCCCUCCGCAAUCUCGGGCUCAUGAAAGCCAUUCUCGCUCUCUCCGCGCGUUACUCCUCCUUAUCGCCUCCUACCCCAGACACCCCGGAACCAACCGACCCGAAUGAAGCCAUUCAAUUCUACUACGAAACCCUCCACUAUGUCUCCACAGCUUUACAGUACAACUCUUACAAACACAGCGCGGAGCUAUUGGCGACAGCCAUAGUAAUCAGUACCUACGAAAUGCUCGACGCGAGCGAGCACAAUUCCAACUGGCAACGGCACCUAAAAGGCGUGUUCUGGAUUCAACGAUCUCAAGACGUGAAUGGCUCCUCCGGUGGUCUCCGUCAAGCCGUCUGGUGGGCUUGGCUGAGACAAGACCUCUGGGCUGCAUUCCGCGAGCACCGCCGCUGCUUUAGCUUCUGGCAGCCCAUCGUCGACUACCCGGACCUCAGCGAGGAUGACCUCGCCUAUCGAUCAGUCUACCUUCUUAGCCAAGCAGUCAACUACUGCACCGAGCCUCUACCAGAUGCCGGAGCAGAAGUGGACCCCGAGCAGGUGCGGUUGCGGACGGAGCGCGGAAAUGAGCUGAUGGACAUGCUAGAGAGGUGGCGCAGUUUCUCAGCCGCGGCUUUCAAGACCUUUCCUAGCCAUAACCGCGAGGAACUGCACGGGUGGACGCCCAUCUGGAUCCACCCGCCCGCAUUCGGGGUCGCAUUGCAGGUAUACAGCUUCGCGAAAAUCCUUGUUUGCCUGCAUCGGCCGGUGACGACUGGGUUUUCGGGAUACCGCGCUUUUCAGAAAACACUCACCGACGCCGUCGCCACAAUCUGCGGCAUCGCAAUCGAACUCACGGAUCCUAGCUGCCAGAUCAUUUCCGCGCAAUGCUUAUUCGGAGCUGGUCUCUGUGUACAGAGCGAGGCACAGCAGAACGCUAUAAUCUCGUUAAUCCAGGCAUGUGAGGCGCGCACGGGGUGGCCGAUGGGGACCAUGCAGGAUGACUUGCGGAAGGAGUGGGUGAAGGCGACUGAGGGAAAAGUGUUAUGA